AUGGCCGAAGUUCCUCAAUGGGUGCGCAACCUCAAGCCAGCCGAGCCUCAGGGCUCCGACCUCCUCGCUCAGGAGCGAAAGGCUUCCAAUGUCAACGUUGAGAAGUUGAGCAACUUCCUGUUCACCAAGGAGGCCCUUUCACGACGGGACGAGAUCCUCAAGAUCCUCAAGGCUGAGCCGAUCUUGGACAAGAGCCAGGACUACUUCCUAGGAAGAGUAGACAAGUGGGAGCACGCUCUCGGCAAGGCGAAGAAGGUCAGACAGCUCGCAGUCAAGCACAACUGGGGCGAUCUCGAGAAGAGAGUGGCCAACGAUCUGAUCAGCGAGCCUCUCCCAUAUGCCCUCCACGAGGGCAUGUACUUGGUCACACUUCGCGAUCAGGGCACACCCGCACAGCACGAGAAGUAUCUCAAGCCAGCUGAGAACUUUGAGCACAUUGGAUGUUAUGCUCAGACCGAGCUGGGCCACGGCUCAAACGUUCGUGGUCUCGAGACUCUCGCCAUCUGGAAUCCUGAGGACCAGACCUUUAUCAUCCACUCUCCACACUUGACGUCCUCCAAAUGGUGGAUCGGAUCCCUCGGCCGAACCGCCAACUACGCUGCCGUCAUGGCCCAGCUCAUCAUCAAUGGAAAGCCAUACGGACCACACCCGUUCGUUGUUCCUAUCAGAGACCUGAAGACCCACCAGCUUCUUCCCAAUAUUUACGCCGGAGACAUCGGCCCUAAGUUUGGAUACAACACCAUGGACAAUGGUUACCUGCUGUUCAACAAGGUCAAGGUGCCGCACGAUGCUAUGUUGGCCAAAUUCUCCGCCGUCGACCCAAAGACUUCCAAAUACCUCAAGCCCGCCAGCCCAUCUCUCAUUUACGGAACUCUGACAUGGGUGCGCAGUACCAUCGUGCUCAUGUCUGGUAGCACUCUGGCACGUGGUGUCACCAUUGCUACACGAUACCUUGCAGUCCGUCGUCAGUUCCAGGAUCGCGAUGCACCCGCAGGGCAGAAGGGCGAGAACCAGACGCUCAACUACACCAUGGUGCAGAUCCGCUUGUUGCCACUUCUUGCGUCUGCCUUCGCCCUUCAUUUCACCGGCAAGGGUAUGAUGUCUCUGUACGAGGCCAACCAGAGGAAGAUCAAGUCGACAUCCACCACUGGCGACCAGAAGGAGCGCGAUCCAGGUCCAGAGGAGACUCAGUCUGGCUCGGAUCUGCUAUCUGACUUGCACGGCACAUCUUGUGGAUUGAAGUCACUGUGCUCCACCAUGGCAGCUGAGGGCCUCGAGGUCUGUCGUCGCGCUAUGGGCGGUCACGGCUACAGCUCUUUCAGCGGUGUUGGAAGCUGGUACGCCGACUACCUGCCAACUGUCACAUGGGAGGGCGACAACUUCAUGUUGACGCAGCAAGUCGCUCGAUAUCUGCUCAAGGCCGCAAGGACCGUCAUCAAGGGCCAGGACCCCAACAACGACACCACCGAGAAUCUCACCUACUUCCACAAGCGCCGUGACGUCGGUGCUGCGUUCGACAUCCUCGACAAGGACGACGAGAUCGUCUCCGCUUACGCGUGGCGCUCCGCAUACCUCACUUUCGAGGCCCUGCACGCGCGCGACGACCUCAAGAAGAGCUGGAACAGCCUUCUCCCGGCCUUCUACCAGCUCUCGCGCGCUCACUCUCAAUACCUCAUCGUGAAGAACUUCUACGAGACACUCCAAUCGCCGUCCAUCAGCUCAGAGCUCGACCCGGCGACCUUGGUCCUCAUGCACAAGCUCUUCCGCCUCUACGCCCUGCACACGCUCGAGCAAGAGUCGGCCGACUUCUUCACCAGCUCCGCCGUCACCGUGCAGCAGAUCCGCCUCGCACGCACCAAGGCUGUCAUGCAGCUGUUGGAGGAUAUCCGCCCACAUGCCGUCCGCUUGGUCGACAGCUGGUCUUUCCCUGACUGGCAGUUGAACUCGUCGCUCGGCCGUUACGACGGAAAGGUGUACGAGGACAUGUUCUACCGUGCUGCGGAGCUGAACCCGUUGAACAAGAGGAUCGUGGACCCGUACCCAGACAGCCCGGUCUUGUUCAGGAAGGAGGCUCCGGAGAAGGGCAGACUUUGA